AUGUCUGACAUCAAGGAUGAAAUCAAAUCAGUUGAAAUAGCAAUAGACACUAAUGACUUGUCAAAACUGUUUAGUGUAACAUCUAAUGUACAUAGAUACAGAAAUCUUCCACCCAAAAUUAUGCUAUCCUUACCCAAAUUCAUUCCAGGAAAUAUCAAAGAGGAGCUAUGUAAACUGUUUGGAACCUUAUCAACAAGUUCUUUAACAUCAGAAAAACAUGGCUACAGCAUGAAGACAACACAGAAAUCAUCAGAAGCUGGAUCCUCUCCUCCAGUAAAACAACUGCUUGAUGAACCAGAGACUGUCACCACCAUAGGCACUGGGUACAGAGGUUACCUUUAUAAUGUGGCCUGUCUGGGUGAUAAAGAAAUCUGGACAAGUGGAGGUGACAGCACCAUGGAACUCUACAGCAUCAAUCAGGGAUCACUACUCAAGUCAAUCACAACCAAGUCAGGGAACAGACCAUGUGACAUAGAAGUGACAAAAAGAACCUGGAUAUCUGUGUGUCUGACAGUGGAGCUGGAGCAGUAG